AUGUUCAAAUACGCCGUUGUUCUCUUCGCUAUUUUCGCAUGCGCUGCUGCCAAGCCCGGUUUCCUGGCUGCCGCCCCAUUGGCCUAUGCUGCUCCCGCCGCUGUUGUCGCUGCACCAGCUCCAGUUGUUACCGCCACCAGCAGUCAAGUGAUCGCGAGAAAUUACAAUGGUAUCGCCGCUGCUCCAGUUGUUGCUGCCGCCCCAGUUGUUGCCCGUUAUGCUGCCGCUGCUCCUUUAGCUACUCCCUUAGCCGCUCCAGUUGUUGCCCGUUAUGCUGCGGCUGCUCCUUUAGCAGCUCCCUUAGUUGCACCAUUGGCUGCUGCUCACUAUGCUUCUGCUCCUUUAGCCGCUCCCGUUGUUGCUCGUUAUGCCGCCGCUCCCUUAGCGGCUACCGUGUGGUGA